UGUGGAUACCUUGGACUACGAGCCGCCCCCGGUGCUGCCACCGCGGCGCCCGCCCUGGCCGUCCAACAGCCCGAGCAGCACCGCCUCGAGGUACAUCGGGCAGCGCGCCACCGCCAUCAUCGCCACCACGUCCCCGCUGACAUCCAAGGCGGCUACGACGACUACCACGUCGACGACGCCACUGACAACGACGCUAGUCCCGGCUCCGGCGCCGUCCGCCUCUCAAGGCUCAACGACCUCCUCGUCUGCGCGAGUGUCGCCGCCACCCUUGACGCCGCCCCAGUAUCCAGCGCCUCCACGGCCCCCUAGUCGAAACG